AUGAACCGAGACUUGAGGACCGUGACAGCUACCUUUCAGGAAUCAGAGCUGCUGCUCACGCGGCUGAAAGGGGACAUGCAGGUGGUGACGAGCUAUCUGGAGGGAGCCAAGCAUAGCAUGGAGGACAGGAGGGGUCUCGAGGAGGAUGUCAGGUGGAAAGAGGGGGCUAAUAAGGCAGCAGGGCAGGAGGUGGAUCUUUUUGAGGCUCAAAAGGCGCUCAAGCUGCAGCCACAGGUGUUGGAGGAAGUGGCACAGCUCCGCAGCCGCCUGCAGGAGACAGAGCAGCACGCAUCCGAGCUGGAGCAGGCAGUGAACGCCACUGAACGGCGGGCGUGGCUGACCAUCGGCAUUCCCACGGUGCCGCGCAAGACCGGGGCAGAUUACCUAACGCUGACCCUGGAGAGCUUGCUGGAGGAACUGCCAUUAGAUGGAAGUGACCCGCUGUACGGCCGCGUCCGUGUUCUGAUCAUGAACAACCGGCCCGGCAAUCACACCGUCUUCUACAAGGUGCGGCGGCGGAUAGAGGAGGGAACAGCAGAGGACGAGUUCGUGGCAAAGGCGAGGGUCUACGUGGCGAUGCUCGACAACCCAGGCACGCUUAUUAGGACUCGCACAGAACCUGCUUUCUUGCAGGUUCGGCAGCAGACGUGCGACCUGAUCACUCUGCUGGAAACAGCGACGCCGCAGUCCUUCUACUACCUCUUCAUGGAGGACGACUUCAGGGUGUGCCCAUAUACGGUGCCGACGCUGCAGUACAUAGUGCGCAAGCUGAAUGCGGUGCCGGCCACGCGCAAUUGGCUGAGCGUGCGGCUGAGCUACGGAAUGAACGGCAUCCUGCUGCCAACGCUCUACCUCCCAUCGCUCACCAACUACCUGCGAACGCACACGGCGCGGCUGCCGCCCGAUCUCCUCUACACGGAGUGGUUUGCCGGCAAGAGGGAGGAGACCUGGGACACAGUGCGAGGCCGGCAGCAGUACGUGUACCACAAAAACUUGUUGGAUCACGUCGGGGCGCAGUCAUCGUUCGCAGUUCGCGCAGAGCGGAUGCCGUUUCCCCGCUGCUUCGACUCCAUGGCAAACGUUUGGUCCAUCCAGGCGCAAGAGCGAUUCCAGGCGGCCGCAUGCCCCAACAGCGAUCUCUCCCCCUGUCCCCCGGGCGAUGGUGGAGAAACAUGGGUGCGCCUUCCUGUGCAGUGGCCAGACAAAUUCAACGACGAUGCACGAUUUCAUCCAACGGAGGCUGCCGCCACAACAGUCGGCAGCGCUCUGUUGCGAUGA